GUCUGGUCGAGGGAGUUUGAUCAUGAUUCAUGCCUGAUCAAGAAACAGUGUCAUGUGGUAAUACGUGGUAUACUGUGACUACUCUGUGAGGUUGAACUUGAAAGCUGUCCGGGUGGUUGUGUCCUAUUUUGUCGAUUGGCAGCCAAGUCGAGAUUGGCAGACCCUUGGUGACCACCUCAACCCUUUUCAACCCACUUCCUCACGAACAAACAUAAGAUUCAACUUCGACCAUAUCAUCUCCCAACAACUCCCAUCUCAUCCAUCAUUAGACCACGACCUUGUCGAGAUGUCUAUGGCUAGGUCCUUCUUAGGACUCGAUUCUGAAUCGGAAGACGGAACUUGGAACGCCACUGAUGAAUAUGCUGAAGAUAGUGAGGAGGAUGAGGAUGUUGAGGAGGCAGAGAAUCAAACCUCAGACGAUACCUGGGAUGCUGAGGAACUUGAAGCUCUAGAAGGAACCAACACUAGUCCCGAAAUGGGUAAAGCCUCUGAUUAUUAUCCGCCUGUUGUCGAGCCAAUCCAAAAUGGCGUCAACUUGGAACGCAGUGGGUCGUAUGGAAAACCACCAGAACACUACCAGGCGUCGAAGAAGCGUCUCAAGGACCAUUCCUCCAACACAUUUGAUAUUUUAACGGCCUCCGAAACGUCUUAUCAUGGGUUCAACAAAGGCCAACUAGCAUCCAACCACUUGCCAAAUUCACCCGGUACUGAAGUGGCGGCUUAUCGAUCUAGAAUCUACAGCGGACAAUAUUCAGAAGAUGGUACUUUCUUCUACACUUGUACCCAAGCGUACCGGGUCUACAUUUAUGACAUGACCGUUCCACCUGUGACUUCCUCCAAGAUAUCACACGACACCGACUAUUCUUCAGAAUCUCGCAGAAGCAUGCAUCAUAUCGGGGGAAUCCGGGACACAUCGACUCACAACUCGUCAUUGAAACUGAUCCGAACCUUCCAGGCACCUUCUCAGAACUGCCAAUGGACGAUCACCGAUGCGAGUCUUAGUCCUGACAACAACUGGCUUGCCUACAGCUCUAUCACGCCCUACGUUCAUCUGGUCAAGACCAGAGGCGAAGACGCAGUCUUAGGGCUAGGCCUAGAAGAGCACGAGCAGGAGGUUUUGUGCCUCUCUGGUGAUGAUCGGCCGGGUGGAUGGGCUCGUGGGAUGGGCAUUUGGAGCUUGAGGUUUGACUCCCAAGGGCGAGAAUUGGUUGCUGGCUGUACCCAAGGACGCAUCGUUGCAUAUGACGUGGAAACGAGGACAAUACUGACAACCAUCAAGGGACAUUCUAAUGACACUAACGCAGUGUGUUUUGCCGAUAAAUCUGAUCCCAACAUCUUAGUGUCAGGCUCGGAUGAUUCAUACAUCAAAGUGUGGGACCGGCGCUGUUUGAACAACGCUAAGCCAGCUGGUGCCCUCAUGGGGCACACCGAAGGAAUCACAUACGUGAGCUCUAAAGGGGACGGCCGGUUCAUAGUGAGCAAUGGAAAGGAUCAAGCGGCCAAGUUGUGGGAUUUGAGAAAAAUGAUCUCGGGUGCCGAGUUUGAGGCGAUGAAGAAACCCAGGACGUUCAUUAAUGGCUGGGAUUAUCGUCAUGGCUCAUACGCCCGACCAAAAUAUUUGGAACAUCCCCAAGAUUCUUCGGUGGUGACGUAUCGGGGACAUUCAGUGCUCAACACCCUCAUCCGGGUCCACUUUUCGCCCCCCAACACGACCGGGCAAAGAUACAUAGGUUCAGGAUCGGCGGACGGGAACAUCCACAUCUGGAACCUGGAUGGCACGACGGCCCAGAUCAUCCACCGAUCGAAAUCGGCCUCGCUAUUAAAGCCACAGAGGUCGACAGGAGAAGUUGGCGUUGUCGGUAGUGCCAGCAGUCAGUACACCUUCAACGACCCUUAUCGGCCUUCUGGAAGCACUGGCGAACAAUCUUGGGCGGGCAGUGCGGAUGUCUUUCGGCGCGGGUUUUAUGUCGAGGACGUCGAACCAACAGUGAGAGACAUCAGCUGGAAUCCUAAUGAGCCCAGCAUCAUGUCCACUUCGUGGGGUAGUUGCAGUGGCGAUCCUGGAGCACUAUCGAUUCAUCCUUUCCUCCCCCAUGGCCGAAUUGGCGCAUGAACCCACCAAAGCGUACUGCCAUCUCUCUCUCUCUCUCUCUCUCUCUCUCUCUCUCUCUCUCUCUCUCUCUCCUGUUGUAAUUUUUGCUUUGUUUUGAUAUUUUAACGCUUUGAUCUACGUAUCUGUGUAGAAACAAAAUCACUUUUCUUUACUUCCCUUAUUCUAUCUCGAGCCUUUCUGAUUCCAAGAACAGCACAUCAGCACACUAAAUCUCAUCCCCCCAAAAAGCAAAUCCCCAUUUAUCACCAUAAUACAUGUAAUGUACUCCUGUGCUACUUUGUAAUAUUACCCCAUUUAGCUUCACUUGUCUCUCAAAAGAGAAGAGAAAUGAAAUACUUGCAAUUGAUGAUACAACCCUUUGAAG